CGAGGGUGGCUAUAACGUGGACGGCGCGGAUUCGUUCUACGCGCGCAUGGCAGAGCAGGACGCGGAAGCUCCGCGGAUGGGGGAGAGCGGCGGGCGUCUAGGGUUUAGGGGGACGUCUCGAGCCUCAUUGAGUCCCUCAGCGCCUGCACCUCCGCGGACGAGUGCCAGCUGUUCGCUGAUGUCAUCGUCGCCCUGGAAACCGCCAAGAAGGAAGCCUCUUCCUCAAAUGCUGUCGGCGCCAGCAGCAGCAGCACCACCAGCGGCAGCAGCAAUACCGCCGCCAGCAGCAGCAGCGGCAGGAAUGGCAAUAUGGAGCAGUCAUGCCCUUGCUUCGGGCCAAGGG